AUGAAUAAUGAUGUGUUUAUGCAGCCAUGCAGUAUACUUUACCCAGAAGAUAUUACAGAAGAGCAUAUAGAAAGUGAAGAAACAGCGCAUAUAAAACGGAAUAGCCGCGCAUAUAAUCGGGAAUAUAAGCGGAAAAGCAGCAAAAAAAACGAGAUACAUCCGUUUCUAAACCUUAUGCAUGGCAGAGAAACGAAUACAGCAAGAGAUUAUCGCUAUUUAUGUUUCUGUUCAGAGUGGGAAGCACUUAAAGAAGAAACCAAUAUUAAUGUGCAGGUUCUUCGUGAAACGAUGCAUUCUGAAAUGAUGAAUGCAUUACAGGAGUUUAUCAUGCAAAAAGAAUGUCUGUCGAAUGAAAACAAGAUUUCAACAGCCAUUAUGCACCUGGGCACGCAAUUUUCAGGAGAUUUCGAAUUAUAUAGACGAAUUACGGAAUUACUAGAAGAUUGUAUACACGGCCCUAUUGUAGGGCUUCAUGGACACCAAACAACAGACAUAAAAAUAUGUUUCAGACAAAUAAUAGAUACAUGCAUACGAUUUGGAGAGAGAAUGGCGCUACGGAGAACAAAAAUACAAUUACGAAAAGACGCAUUUUCCAUGUACUGUGACUAUGACCCGGAAUGUCUAGUACAAUGGUAUGAAGAAGCGACCGCCUGCAAGCUUAUAGACCAAAGCAUGUUUAAAAUGGUAUUUUUUUUGCAAGAGAUUGAAGGUUUUAUGGGAAAUUUUAUUAAUCAUUUUAUUGCAGUAUUGAAAAAGAUACAUAAACGUGUGCCUUUAUUAUUAUUAAUUAAUGUAUCAACAUCUAUGCAUAUGUUCCAAGAUAUGCUUGAAAAAAAGUCAUUAAAAGUACUCGAUAUUCAAUAUUUCGACACAAAACAUUCCAAAGAUACACUUGAUAUUGCGGUAGAAAAGCUUUUAGUUGAAUCUCAACGCCCUCGAUUACGCUUCGGUCCACAUCUUUAUAAUACCCUGCUAAAUAUGCAUCAAAAACAUUCGUAUGGAGUUGAAUCUUUUGUAUCAGCUAUGAAAUAUGUUAUAUUAUCGCAUUUUUAUUCAAAUCCAGUUAGCAUUGUAAAUUAUUGUGAUUCAGCGCAUUCUGAAUUAAUUUCUCAUCAUCAUUUGGAGUGUUUACGUUCUUUACCAUCAAUCCGACGAUAUACAGAGUCUCUUCUUGAAACGAAUAAUAUUUAUUCAGUAGAAUCACUAUUAAACGAUGAUUAUUAUUUUCGAGAUUUAAUUAACUCAAUGAUUCAGAAUAUAGAAGAGCACAAUAAAAGACUUGAUUCAUCAAUCUUGCUUUUGAAUAGCAUUUACAAGAAACAUACAUCUUCAGUACGGAAAAAAACACUCACAUGGAUUUACGGAAGACUUUUGGAAAAUAAUAUACAAGAAAACUUAGAUAUAAUGCUUGACCCAAUAAAAACAAUGGACAUGAUUACUCUUUUGCAUUUUAUUCAAGAAACAUUAACUUUCAAAAAUAUUCAUAAUCAUUUUUCAAAUCUUGAAAGCUUUUAUAAAGAAAUAUCUAGUAUAGUAGAAACAUCUACAUGCAAUAAUCCAAUGCAUUCUAUAGCGUGUGAAAUAAAUUCUUAUACAUCUACAGAGACUUCAGUUAGAAUUGCAUCAGAAACCAAUGUUAAAGUGAUUGAAACAAAGUUUUGUAAUAUUAGAGAACAUUUUCAUCAAUAUUUACGGGAAACGUUAAUAAAAUAUCUUAUAUCACCUAUAACACUACCUUUACACGAACUUUAUUAUUUUAAUUAUAGCAGGACCUAUCUCGAUGUAUUUCAUCCACGCGUAAGAGCAGCCAUUGAUACCGCAUUAUCACUACCAAGCCAUUAUCUUUCAUGUGACUGUAAAGAUGAUCAAAAGGCCACUAAUGACAAUAUAAAAACAUCUCAAUCCAAAAUAUGUAUUUCUUGUCAACCUAAAAUAUGUAUUUCUUAUAGACUUUUUCUUGAAUCAGGACCUCUUAUAAAUAUCAGUGAUUGGUUUUCUGCUUUCGUUCAAUCUAUACGCUCUGAAAAUAAACAAGAUAAUGAUAAACAUAAAUCGGAAGAGUAUUUACAAACAGUAUUUAUACAAAGUAUAGAAGAAUUAAGAUAUCUUGGAUUUAUAAGACUUACUAAAAAAAAAACAGAUCAUGUUGCAAAAAUAACAUGGAUGCGUUAA